AUGAAUGCCAACGGAGCUGUCGAUCAUCUGGUAACCCAGGGGUUCACCAGAGCAGCAGUAUACUCCGUGACAGCCGCUGAUUUUGCCGCACAGGGCGGCGACUGGCAAGCGGGCCCUUCCGAUAUCCGGCUUCUCAUCGAUGGCUUCUCCGACCCGGACAAUGUCGUUGACAGAGACUUCACAAUAAACGGUUCCCAGUACACCCUGGAGGUCAGAGACGAGACCUUGCUUUAUUGUCCGUCGGACGCCGAUACCAUCCUAUUUGCACACAAGAACGGCGAGUCCAUUGUCCUCGGGGAGUUUAUCGUUGGCGCUCUGUCUCUGAAAGAAGCAGAGCUGAAUAUCAAGGAGGUUGCGUAUGUGAUGGCGACGAAACGACCAUGA